AUGCACCAGGAAGUAGUAGAUAACAUUUUUGCACAAGAUUCUUUCUGGAAAGAUGUUGAAUCUCUUUCAUCAAUUCUCCAAGAGGCUUCGUCGUUGUUUCUCACUCACCAUCAAGAUAAGAAAUGGAUCAAGAAGAAUCCUUCUGAUGAUCUAUCUACCUUUCAGAGUAGUUGGAUAUGGAGAGCUAUUUGCAAGUUGAGGUCGGAGGCGAGGCCUUUGCUGCUUUGUGAAGUGGGGUCUGGGAUCACUGCUAGCUUUUGGCAGGACAAUUGGACUAAUGCUGGCCCCCUUAUUGAGUUGGUAGGUGAAAGAGGUCCUCUAGUGACAGGUUUGAGCAUUGAUGCAGUUGUGGCAGAUGCUUUAACAAGCGAUGGCUGGUGGCUGGAUCGGAGUAGGAGCAGAAGCCUGGUAAUCACUUUGCUAAGGGCGUGUUUGCCUAAUGCACAAGAGAUUCUAGCCUCUGAAGUGGAUGAUAGGUAUGUUUGGUUUCCGGUGAGGGUAGAGAGAACGGCACUUUCUCAGCUACUGAAACUUGGAAAGCGUUGUAUCACUCUCCUUUACAAGUUCCCUGGCACAAGGCAGUGUGGUUUGCAGGAAGGAUACCGAAGCACGCAUUCAUCACAUGGAUCGCGGCUCGGAAUAGAAUGCAACCAAGUCUGGUCGUUUUUUGUUUCACGAUUGCAUUUGUCGCCGCCAGUAGCUUUUGAGGAGGUAUUGAUCUGGCUGAAAGCGCCAUCACAUGAUGAUAAUGUUACUCUCAUUAUUCGACUCAUUUAUCAAGCGGUCUUGUACUUACUCUGGAAGGAAAGAAAUAAGAGAAUUCAUACAGCAGUUGAAAAGCCUCCAGUAGCUAUUAUAGCAGAAAUUCAGCAGCUUAUUAAACUCAGGUUGGAUCCUCUGGCUAGAAGACAGGUUUUUGAGUUGGACUCGUUUGGGUCUGAACUCGUUUUGUAG